AAUACACUCGUUGACAUCAGCUCUCAAAGUCUUUAAAGUUUAAUCGUUAAGCGCGUGCACGGAGGGACCGGAGCUCGUCACACGUGUCAGCGGGAUUUAUGUGCUUCGGUUUGUCGGUUUGUUGUCGGUUUCGGGCGGAUUUCUCUCCGGUGGUUUCUCCGCUGGACUCUGAACUCGGCCCCGUGCACUUGUUCCUCAGAUCCCUUAAGAGCUCUCCGCUCAAUCUUCAGCUGCUGGACGUGAACCUACACAAGAAUCCCUAAUGAAUCAGUUUUCAUCUCUCGAUGCCGUGGCGUUCAAAGGAAACCUCACGUUGUCGAAGGUCCCGGAGUCUAACAUGGCUCUGAGCGUGUUGGGGGUGUUUCUGGGAUUGCUUCUUGAAGUUUCCACACGUGGCCCCUCCAGCAUUCCCAGAAGCUCAUGGAAACAGGAAGAUGUGGAUUUGGUUGAGUUUUGGGAGCCUGGUGUGUUUAACUACACGACUCUACUGCUCAAUGAAGAUCGGGGUGCGCUGUAUGUGGGAGCCCGAGAGGUCAUUUAUCAACUCAACAUGACUGAUGUGUCAAUCAAAAGCAACCAGCUUCUGUGGAAAGUUCCAGACUCUGACAUGUCAAUGUGCAUUUUAAAGGGAAAAUCUAAAGAGAUGGAGUGUCGAAAUUACAUUCGAGUUUUACAGGUUUUGGAUGAAGACCAUCUGUAUGUUUGCGGGACUCAUGCGUUUCAGCCCCUCUGUGAUUAUUUGUCACUUGGUGAUUUUAGUUUAAGGAACCAAAGAGAGGACGGUCGGGGGAAAUGUCCCUUUGAUCCUGCACAGAGCUUCACUACUGUAAUGGUCGACAGUGAGCUGUACUCAGGAACUGCUUAUAACUUUCUGGGAAGCGAGCCGAUCAUCUCCAGAUAUUCACGGUCUCAGAGUUUACUGCGAACAGAGUAUUCAACGUCCUGGCUCAACGAACCCAGUUUUGUUCAUGCAGAUGUGAUUCGGGAGGGACAGAACAGUCCGGACGGUGACGACGAUAAGAUUUAUUACUUCUUCACUGAGGUGUCGGUGGAAUACGAGUUCUUUGGCAAACUGCUCAUCCCCAGGAUUGCUCGCGUGUGUAAGGGCGAUUUGGGCGGCCAGAGGACACUGCAAAAGAAGUGGACGUCAUUUCUGAAGGCCAAACUUGUGUGCUCAAUGCCUGAGCUUAACUUCGUCUUCAACGUGGUUCAUGACGUGUUUAUUUUGAGAGCGGCACAAUGGAGAGACAACGUCAUAUACGGGGUUUUUACCUCUCAGUGGGGUAAUGUUGGCCUGUCAGCGGUGUGUGCGUAUAACAUGACGUCAAUCGAUGAGGUUUUCUCCAAAGGAAACUUCAUGCAGAAGGCCACAGUGGAACAAUCCCACACGAAGUGGGUGCGAUUUAACGGCAUCACACCAAAUCCCAGACCCGGAGCGUGCAUCAACAACCAGAAUCGCAUGCAAAACAUCAACUCAUCCCUGCAGCUGCCUGAUAAGACGUUACAGUUCGUAAAGGAUCACCCUUUGCUGGAGGAUCCCGUGCUUCCCAUCGGAAACGGACCGCGGUUCAUUACUAAAGACAUCAACUACACCCAGAUCGCUGUGGAGAGAGUAAAGGCCCUUGACGGUAACGUCUAUGAUGUCAUCUUCACUGGCACCGACAAAGGCUUAUUGCAUAAGACGGUGCUGUUGGAGGGAGAUGUCCACACGGUGGAGGAAAUUCAACUUGUGAAGAACUCUCAGCCAAUUAAAACACUUGUACUAUCCAAGCAUGUGGCUCAGUUCUUGUACGUUGGUUCUGACUCAGGUGUGGUGCAGUCACGCACAGCGUUCUGUGAGAAAUACCUGUCCUGUCAGGAUUGUGUUCUGGCCCGAGACCCAUACUGUGCGUGGGACACACGUUCUGCUGUAUGCAUGAAUAUUUUCCAGGUUGACGCUGAGAAACGGAAGCUGAUUCAAAGCCUCAAAGGGGAUGCUGGGAUAUGUCCUUCAGUUAAACCUUUGGCAUUGAAGGAUUACACACAGGUGGUGAUAAAACCGGGCGGUUCUGCCGAUCUCCCCUGUCAGGUGCGCUCAAACCUUGCUCGGGUGCUCUGGAAGUUUAACGGCAACGUUCUCAACGAGGCGUCUCACUUUCUACUGAUUGGAGAGAAUGGACUGCUCAUAUACGGCGUGGGUCAGGAGCACCUCGGCCGUUACGAGUGUUGGUCUUUCGAAUCCGCCGCUGGAAAGAAUUUCAGUCAUCUGGUUGCUGGAUACAUCCUCAGACUGGACCUUCCCAACAGCGAACCCUCCAUUUCUGCCGAACUGCCAUCGGACGCAGAUGCGGCCGUGCAUUCGUAUGGAUCCACGGUGCGUGACCCUACCGAGCUGGCAGAAGCUUCUUUGGCUGUUCCUCCACCCUCCUCUGUCGACACCCCAUCACUUCCCACGUCAUGCAGCCACCCCUCUCUAUUACCCUCCUCCUCUUCCUCCUCUUCUCUGUGGAGGGCUCAUCUGUUACCUCCCCUCCUGAUGGAUCAGACAUGGGGGGUUCAUCCUCACCAGGCCUUUCUUCUGUUCUGUUUGGCCUUGGGUCCUAAUGAUGUAAGUGUUCAGUGGCACGUAAAUGGGCGGAGACUCGAGACGCCCAUCAGGGAACACAGACACACCGUUUCACAUGAUGCUGUGCUGGUGAGCAGCUGGGUAAAGGAGAAGGCUGUAAACAAACACGUCCAGUACGAGUGCACAGCAGUUUCAACAGCAGGAAAUGACGUGUCCAAAAUUGAUCUUCGGCCCUACAGCAUGGAUGAAGCUCCACACAGAGAUGCAAUGGAGCAGUGGAGAAACGCUCUGUCAGACCACAACAGACUGCUGAAGGAGUGGAAGAAAACCCAGGAGAGCUGUGAUGGACACGCUGUUCUCUGAACUCACUCACCGCCGGUCAUGGCACAGUUUUCUGACACCACUCCAGGGACAAAUGCUUGGACGAGAGCACACAGACACUUUCACAGACAUCAUCAUCAUUGAUGUGAGGUGCUUGAAGGCCAUUAGACAACCAGCACACAUUGACUGUCUCCUCUGUGCUCAUCAGGCCGUUCCUGGACCACAGACUGGAGAUCCCGACGGAUUUCAAUGCGAGACGGUUGUUGCAGUGAGACAGGUGUGAACGGUCGAGUUGGAUCUCUGAGAACAUUGAGACCGAUGACAGCUGCUUUCUACGAUAGUUUGCAGACUUCUAUUUAUAGUCUGCCUAUCCUUGAGAGCGGAUGACAGCUCACGUUAGCGAAAGCCAUGUGUGUGUUUAUGUAUGUCUGUUUCCUACAUCUACUCAUUGUUACUUUAAAUAAUCUGGUGUGUUAUUUGAGAAGAGAUAUUUUAAAUGUCUUUCAGGGUUGGAAGAAUAUUUGUUUGUCUUUCAGAAGAAAGGUUUUAAGAUUUCAAAUGGUCAGAAAUUGAUUUGUAAGAUGUGGCUCAUGCCAUUUUCUGGUCA